AUGGCCCCACACGUGUCCAUCAGCACAUCGACAUCCUCGCCGAAGAAGCCGAACAGGAAACAGAAGCGACGCAAAGCCCGUUCAUCGUCGAUAUUCACGGCAGCCUCCUCGGAAAGCAGCAGAGCUGAUGAUGAACUGGCGACGGCCAAGGCGGCAGCGAUCAAAUUACUCGACCACUCUUCCGAGCCAGCCCUCCUACUAGAUAUCCCUCUGUCUACGCCGAAAGCUAAACGGAUCCGGUUCGAAGAGUUCCCGACUAUCCUCGAAGAGCAGAUCAAAUUACCCUCUCAAGUUGAGGACACAUUUCACGUCAGUCGCGAGGAAAUAUUUGCUGAGAGCGCGCUUGUUGAUGCCUUCCAAGCCGCCAUGAAUGAAUUCAAGUUUCAUUUCUUUGAUGAUAAGAGCCAGUCAUCUGGUCCGAUCCGUCUACCUCAAUCACAAUCCGAGCAACGACGAAUAGCAGCCCUAUAUUAUGGCAAGCCUCCCCCGCGAACGACGACGAGAAGCAAGAAGCCCCCUCUACACACAAUCUUCCUACCGCGCCUGAUCGUCGCCCCAAGCGAGCCAUUAACAUCAGAAGAAAAUGCGACCCAGACAAUGACUUUGUCGACCGGGCAAACUAGUCCGGUGGUUUCUGAUUUGGACAUGGACGAGUAUUGGGACAUGGUUGACGAAUAA